AUGUGCUUUUUAAGACGGCCGGGAGCGCCUGCGAGCUGGAUCUGGUGGAGGAUGCUGCGGCAGGUGCUUCGCAGAGGGCUCCAGUCGUGCUGCCACAGGCUGGGCUUGUGCGUGAGCCGGCACCCGGUCUUUUUCCUCACCGUGCCCGCAGUCCUGACCAUCACCUUCGGCCUCAGCGCGCUCAACCGCUUCCAGCCCGAGGGCGACCUGGAGCGCCUGGUCGCUCCCAGCCACAGCCUGGCCAAGAUCGAGCGCAGCCUGGCCAGCAGCCUUUUCCCCCUGGACCAGUCCAAAAGCCAGCUCUAUUCGGACUUACACACCCCUGGGAGGUAUGGCAGGGUGAUCCUCCUCUCCCCACCCGGGGACAAUAUUUUGCUCCAGGCUGAGGGGAUCCUGCAGACCCACCGAGCCGUGCUGGAAAUGAAGGAUGGGAGGAACAGUUUUAUUGGACACCAACUGGGCGGGGUAGUGGAAGUGCCAAACAGCAAGGACCAGCGGGUCAAGUCAGCCAGAGCCAUUCAAAUCACCUACUACCUCCAGACCUAUGGUUCUGCCACCCAAGACCUCAUAGGGGAGAAGUGGGAGAAUGAGUUCUGUAAGCUUAUGAGGAAGCUCCAGGAGGAGCACCAGGACUUCCAGCUCUACUCUUUAGCAUCCUUUAGCCUCUGGAGAGACUUUCAUAAGACCAGCAUCCUGGCCAGGAGCAAGGUCCUGGUGAGCCUUGUGCUGAUCCUGACCACAGCCACCCUCUCCAGCUCCAUGAAGGACUGUUUGCGCAGCAAGCCCUUCCUGGGCCUCCUGGGGGUGCUCACGGUGUGCAUCUCCAUCAUCACGGCAGCAGGGAUCUUCUUCAUCACCGAUGGAAAGUACAACUCCACCCUGCUUGGAAUCCCAUUCUUCGCCAUGGGUCAUGGAACUAAAGGAGUGUUUGAGCUUCUGUCCGGAUGGCGCAGAACAAGAGAGAAUUUACCCUUCAAAGACAGGGUUGCAGAUGCCUAUUCUGAUGUGAUGGUCACCUAUACCAUGACCAGCUCCUUGUACUUCAUUACCUUUGGCAUGGGUGCCAGCCCAUUCACAAACAUAGAGGCUGUGAAGGUCUUCUGUCAGAACAUGUGUGUCUCCAUUCUGUUGAACUACUUCUACAUUUUCUCAUUCUUUGGCUCCUGUCUGGUCUUCGCGGGCCAACUAGAGCAAAACCGCUACCACAGCAUCUUUUGCUGUAAGAUCCCCUCCGCGGAAUACCUGGACCGCAAACCUGUGUGGUUCCAGACAGUGAUGAGUGACGGGCAUCAACAGACAUCCCAUCAUGAGACGAACCCCUACCAGCACCAUUUUAUUCAGCACUUCCUACGCGAACAUUACAACGAAUGGAUUACCAAUAUCUACGUGAAGCCGUUUGUCGUCAUCCUCUAUCUCAUUUAUGCCUCCUUCUCCUUCAUGGGGUGCUUGCAGAUCAGCGACAGGGCCAACAUCAUCAAUCUACUAGCCAGUGAUUCUCCGAGUGUUUCCUACGCCAUGGUUCAGCAGAAAUAUUUCAGCAACUACAGCCCAGUGAUAGGAUUCUACAUCUACGAGCCGCUGGAGUACUGGAACAGCAGCGUCCAGGAGGAUCUGAGGAGGCUCUGUAGUGGGUUCACUGCAGUGUCCUGGGUGGAGCAGUAUUACCAGUUCCUGAAAGUUAGCAACAUCAGUGCCAGUAACAAGAGUGACUUUAUCAGUGUCCUACAAAGUUCGUUUUUAAAAAAGCCAGAAUUCCAGCAUUUUCGAAACGAUAUCAUCUUCUCCAAAGCAGGGGAUGAAAACAAUAUUAUCGCUUCUCGCUUGUAUCUGGUGGCCAGGACUAGCAGAGACAAGCAGAAGGAAGUCAUAGAAGUGUUGGAAAAAUUGAGGCCCCUGUCCCUGUCAAAGAGCAUCCGAUUCAUCGUGUUCAACCCCUCCUUUGUGUUCACGGAUCAUUAUGGCUUGUCUGUCACGGUGCCUGUUCUGAUUGCAGGCUUUGGUGUCCUCCUGGUGUUAAUCCUGACUUUUUUCCUAGUGAUCCACCCUCUGGGAAACUUCUGGCUCAUUCUUAGUGUCACCUCAAUUGAGCUGGGCGUUCUGGGCUUAAUGACGCUAUGGAACGUCGACAUGGAUUGCAUUUCUAUCUUGUGCCUUAUCUACACUUUAAAUUUUGCCAUUGACCACUGUGCACCACUGCUUUACACAUUUGUACUAGCAACUGAGCACACCCGAACACAAUGUAUAAAAAGCUCCCUACAAGAGCAUGGGACAGCCAUUUUGCAAAAUGUUACUUCUUUUCUUAUUGGGUUGGUCCCCCUCCUAUUUGUGCCUUCAAACCUGACCUUCACACUGUUCAAAUGCUUGCUGCUCACUGGGGGUUGCACACUUCUGCACUGUUUUGUUAUCUUACCCGUGUUCCUAACCUUUUUCCCCCCUUCCAAAAAGCACCACAAGAAAAAGAAACGCGCCAAACGGAAGGAGAGAGAGGAAAUUGAAUGCAUAGAGAUUCAAGAGAACCCUGAUCAUGUCACUACAGUCUGAAGGGUGUAGACAAAUGGAUUAUUUUUCUUUUCCAGUAUUGCACAAUGAUGCAGGGAGAGUAAAGCUCACUCCUCAGCUGCUUGGGCUGGCCAGGGGUAACAAGGAAAGUCAGAUCAAGAGUGAAUUGUUCAUGACACAUCAAGGUGUCCACUUCCUGGGGGGAAGAGAGAAUCAAAGAAGAGGGAA